ACCUACUUUCCCUGCACCACACAACACCAAGCCCCAAAACUUGAAAAGCUAGACAACAAAAGAACUCUCUUUCACUCUCUUCUCCGGCAAAUGGAACCUCUGCUCAAACUCAACCACUCCAAAACCCAGCUGUAAACCCCCUCCCUACACCUCCGCUACACUGAAUCCGAAACUCCCAGCGCUCCCACCAUCAGCCCCAGAACAUUCCAGAAUGAUCGAUGGUUGUGGCCAUGAUGAUGCAGCAGACUUCCUCUGCACCGGCGUCGCAGCCGAUCCCUCUCCCUUCCUCCACCUCCUCUCUUAGAUCCCCCUCCGCUGCCCCCCUCCAGCCUCAACUCCCCUCCCCGCUCUCCCUUGGCCCCGCAGCCCCGCAGCCUCCUCCGCCGUCGUCUCACCGUCAGCUGCCCCCUUCCGCCAUAGCCAUCGACCAUGUGGUGCCGAUCGCCGCCGCGCACCCUUCCGGAGAGCCGGCGCUGACUAUGGCAGUGCCGCUGGCGAGGGUCCGGCUCUGCGAUAUUGUGUCUUAUGAUGGUGCGCCGGCGGGGCCGUAUGUUCGAGCGGUGGAGGCGCUGUCGGGGUCUCUGAUGCGGCACAACGCCGCGGUGAUCGAGGUCGGGAGCGAGGACGCCGCGUUGAUGAGGUGCGGUUUGGAGUCGGCGAGGUUGUAUUUCAAGGCUAGGGCUUUGAGUGUUGGCACCGGAGGAGGCAAUUGGGGGAAGGGGAGUCGCGGUGUUUACAUGUACAGGGCGGGAAGGGCUUUGGAAGAUUCGGACUUGUCUCCUCCAUGCAUGGCUGAAGUUUUUAGAUGCAUGGGAAAAGCCGCUCGUGCUGCUCUGUGUGCUAUUGCAAGAUAUCUUCGUUUGCGAAGCGAUGUUUUCAAUCCUCUGCUUGAUGAUACCCCAUUGCCUAUUAAUGAGGCAUCCUCAUCAGUGCUUGUUGCAACCUACUCUCAUGGGUCCUUGCAAAAUGGCAAAGGAGCCAUUGGGGGAGGGAAGCCAGCUAUGAAUGGUGAAGUUGAGAAGGGUUUGCUGACAUUGAUUUCUUCGGAUAAUCCUGGUCUUCAGGUUUGUGACCCCAAUGGUCGUUGGUACCUGGCAGAUGGUGGGUCAGCUCCUGGGGAUCUUUUGCUGCUUACUGGGAAGGCGCUUAGCCAUGCUACUGCUGGCCUUCGUCCUGCUGCCACCUAUAGAGCUGCUUCUGAUUACACUUCAGGCACUGCUAGUGGAAGGACAUCACUAGCAUUUAGGCUCAUGCCGCAGGGCAAUGCUAUAUUAGAUUGUUCUCCAAUUGCUGCUGCUGGUCAUGUAAUUCCACAGAGCUAUGUACCAAUCUCUGUAAGCCAAUUUAUGGAUGACCUUUCUGCUGAGGAAGAUGGACUGUGCAACCCUUCCGAUAGCACUUAUGUAGCUCGAAAUAAUUUUAAUAGGGAACCAUCAUUAAGAAGUGUGCUGUCGGAUCCCUUAUCGGGUGCAUUUCUUGAAGAUGCAAUGGUUGUUUCAUGCGGGCACACUUUUGGUGGUCUCAUGCUGAGAAAGGUCAUUGAAAUGUCAAGAUGUACUCUUUGCAAUGCAGAAAUUGAUACCAGUUCUUUGAUCCCUAAUCAUGCUCUUAGAGCUGCAGCUGCCGCUGUAAAACAUGAGGAUGAUCGGAGGCUUUUUCAUAAUGCUGCUCUCCGGAAGCGUCGGAAAGAAGUUGGUGAUCAAACAGAUUCAAUAAGAAGAUUAAACAGGGAAAAUGGAGAUAUUAGUGCUGAUGAUGGGAUGCACAGAGGCGUGCAGUAUCCAUUUUCAGUAAAUGAGAAAGUGAUAAUUAAGGGAAAUCGAAGGACACCGGAUAAAUUUGUUGGGAAGGAGGCUGUCAUUACAUCCCAGUGUUUGAAUGGCUGGUACCUGCUUAAGAUUAUUGGAAGUGGGGAAAGUGUUCGCCUACAGUACCGUUCAUUAAGAAAGAUCUUGAACUCCCAUGCAGCUGACGACAGAUGUCCAUCACAGCCAAUUCAGAGCAGCGGCUGAUAGAUUUCAAAUUUAUUUUUAGUUUUAACAAAGUCCUUUCAUCCCGGUAGGGCACACGUAGUAAGAUUUCACUCCAGCUCUUAAGGGAAAAAAGAAGAAAGAAAAAAGAAAAAGAAAAGAGAAUGUAAUAUCGGUUUUCUUGUAAGAUGCUGUAUUAGAAUGUGAGUUCAUUUAGGUAGAGAAGAGGAAGUAGCUGGUUUGGACCCACGAGUUGCAGUUUAGAAGCAUGUAAAGCAAAAGGAAGGAGGAUUGAGAUAAUACGGCCAUGUUUGGAGCACAAUUUUAUGCCCUGAGAUAUUCCAAAUUCUAACAUUGGAUUUGUGUUCCCUCUUGUAUUUAUCUCUCUUGAGAAAUCAUGAAGUGUUUACUAUAUAAUGCAAUGGAAUAUUUCAGAUGCAUUUGGAUCGUUC